GGGUUGCCAGACCAGACCAGACCAGAGUCCAGACACACUGGUGUGGUGUAGCAGCUUCACAAUCGCACCAGAAGAGCCGAGUGUUGUCUCCGUCUUCGUCAUCUCUCUCCAGCAAAACCAAAACCCAAGAAUUCCAGCGGCAUCGCAUUCUCAAUCUACAGUGAAAAUAUGGAGCCCGAGGUGGUUGAUGCAGAGCUAGUGUUGCCAACCCACUUGAGCUUCAAGCGCAUUCAGAUGUACGAGAAGUAUCCAAAAGGCCAAUCAAGAGGGAGACAUUGGAAACAUCUCAAGCAGAUCAUUCAGGCUGAGAAUUAUCAGAAUUACCCACCCGAUGAACCAAAUUAUGUUAAUAUAGAAUCCCCACCCUCUAUGCAUCCAAGCAAGAAAAUUUGUGAUAUAACAGGAUAUGAGGCACCUUAUUAUGAUCCAAGGACCAACCUCCGCUAUGCCAAUGCUGAUAUCUUCAAGCUCAUAAGAUCACUUCCAAAUGAAUAUGUCCAAAGAUAUCUGGCUCUUAGAAAUGCUGCUGUGGUUUUGAAGUGAACAACACUUUCCAGCUUCCAAAGGUGGCUGAAGCACCCAACUAUAUCCAAAGAACCACCUCAACAUAAGAAGAUCAAGUACUGGGUGUCAUGGAAUUCUAUCAUCUUCCAAGUACUGGGUAUCAUGGAAUUCUAUCAUCUUCUAAGCCGUGUAGAUUUCCUUUGUCGUAUUAAUUACUAAGAACAAGGCCCUUUCUAUUCCCUCCCUACUUGUUUCUAAUAUUCCGUUUUAUUUGGUACACAUUGACCAUGUAUCCGCAAUAUACUGAUUGAAUUAAUGAUGAGGUAGUCCAAGGUUUCAAUAGUUACUACA